CAACUCCGAUCAGCCGGCGUCUGUCUGAGCAUUGCAACUGAGGAUGGCUGGUCUCCAUGCUGGUCAUCGCACCAAGGGCGACGACGGCACCCGCUGGGGCGUCCUUGCUCUCGCCUGCCUCAUCAUGAUUGGAUGCUACUACAGGCACGGAUGCAUCCACCAUGAUCUGUUGGCAUCUCUCGUUCAUCUCUGGCUGUGCUGUGUGUGUGCAGCUUCGACAACCCUGCGGCUUUGAACGAGUCGCUGCUGGACCACUUCAGCCCUCAGCUGUCAGUGUCUGAGUUCGAGUUCUACUUCAAUCUCCUCUACUCGGUCUAUGCGCUGCCCAACAUCUUCCUGCCGCUGCUCUUCGGAUACUUCAUCGACAUCAUGGGCGUCAGGGCCGCUCUCGUCAUCCUCAACGCAUUCCUGGUCGUCGGACAGGUCAGAAUGGUCACCUGGCCGCCAUUCUCCAUGUGUGUGUUGGAUGGAUGGAUGGAUGUGUGUGGUGGCGUCGUGUGUGGCGUUGUUUGGGCUGCUUUGCAGGCGGUGGUGUGUCUGGGGUGUUACGUUGUGAACAUGCCCCUGAUGCUCACUGGCCGAGUGUGCUUCGGGCUGGGCGGCGAGAGCCUCAACGUGGCCGCCACCGUCCUGCUCAUGCAGUACUUCAAGGAGCGAGAGGUCAGUCAUCCGACACACAAAUGAAAUAUCAUGCAGAUGCUCUUCUCUUCUGCACCAGAUGGCCAUGGCGCUGGGGAUGAAUCUGUGUGUGGCGCGGGGCGGGAGUGUGCUCAAUGACCUCAUCUCGCCGGUCAUCGCCACACGGCUGGGUGUGACGUCGGCCCUCCUCUUCAGCGAGGUGCUGCUCAUCCUGUGCAUGCUCGGCUCCGUGGGGCUCGUCAUCAUAGACGCCAGAGUCGAGCGGGACACUGACAGACACAACGCAGAGAUCGCCGCCAGCGUGAGCACUCAUGGCGCCACCGAGACGACAGUCGCCAGCACAACAACGACGGUGAGAGAGGAGGGAUGUGACAAUUGCAUGAGUUCAUCCGCGUUCCGUAUCCGCUCAUCCGGUCAACCAGAGUUCCCAUUCUCACCGCAUGUCGUUCAUGGAGGCGAUGCGGUUCGGCCCGGUGUAUUGGGUCGCGUCGAUGGUGUGUCUGGUCCUGUACUGCGCCAUCCUGCCGUUCAACAACAUCGCCUCGGCCUUCCUCGUCGAGGAAUGGUACUACGACCAGCCACCCGCACAGGUAGAUGACCAUCACACACAACACAACACGACGAAACACACGGGGAAGGCGGGAUCUUCGGUGUGCCUUGUUGUGGUAUCAGGCUCGUGAGCAUGCGGGUCAGGUGAUGAGCAUCAUCUUCGCCUUCUCGGCAGUGGCGUCACCGAUCUUCGGGAUCGUAUCCGACAAGGUGCCAAUGAAUGGACGGCGAGGACAAAACACACAGACAUGCACUGGUGAAUUGUCCGUCGACGGGUGUGUUGUGUCAUUAGGUGGGGAAGCGUGUCGGUUUCUGCUUUUGGUCGUCUCUGCUGGUCGGCCUGGCCCACUACCUGCUGCUGCACGUCACACCUGAGGUGUGAGACACACACGAGUGCUAGGAUAAUGUCGACCGUGUCUCAUCUCUCUUUCUGGUCAGAUCCCGAUGAUACUGCUGGGCCUCGGAUACACUGUCUUUGCCACCGUCAGCCGACAGCCAGACAUGCUCAACAAUCGACUUAAUGCCUGUGUCAUUAUUUCCAGGUCAUCUGGCCCUGUUUGGGUCUUGCUGUCGACGAGCACCAUGCAGGCACGGCGUACGGCUUCGCCACUGCAUUGCAGAACGCGGGGCUCUUCCUAGUGCCGCUCCAAGUCGCCUACCUCAGAGCCAAAACAGGUGGGGGUGGGUUUGCACAUGCAGGCAGACAGACAUGGGAGCAGGCGGCCCAGUUGACCUCUAUCUGGGUGGUGUGCAGGUCGCUAUGUGGUGGUGGAGCACAUGUUCAUCGCCCUGUCGUGUCUGGCGGCUUUUUUCUGUGUGUGGCUCUACUACCUCGACUCCAAACACGGCAGCGUCCUCGAGAGCGUCGAGGUGAGCGGGGGAGACACUCACGCAUGAGGAGAGACACACAUGGUGUGUGCCUGCGAAUGUGUGGCUUCAGCACGUCGAGUGUGAGAAGGAGCCCAUCUAUCGUGAGGAUCUGCCGCACUCGGACAGCACUCCCACCCAGGACGCCACGCCACACGCAGCCAGCACACCCGGUGAGGGCAACGGCGACGACCUGAAGGCCAAGAGGACAUCCAUCUUCGGCACCCAACUCAACAGCCUCACCAGACGAAACGUAUGUGACCAUGGUCGGAUGGACGGAUGGAUGGAUUGGCGGCCGUGUCUGUGUGUGGUGCGUCAGGCUGACGGCGGUACGGGCGGCGAGGAUGGUGUCUCGUGCGUCACGUGCCACCAGACCGUCAAGGUGCAGUGAUUUUGAUUCCAUCGGACGACACACACGACACACGCAGCAACAGGGAUGACACCAUGCAGACAGUUCGGUCCUUCAUUGCUCGUGCAUGGCAUGAGAUGAGAUGAGAAUAUCUACUGCUUGAGGUACCGACAAGCCGACAUACCGAUCAGACAAAUGACGUCCAUGAGUGUCUAUAAAUCGUG